GAUGCAACAACACAAUAUCUUUUAAAAUCUGCAUUGCCUGAACCGCCGUCUAAGAGCGGACUCGUGCAUUCCUCAUUAAAGCGACAGGACUACACUCGAGCUACAUUCACACAUGCGCAGAGAACGGUUUUACCAAGCUGUGGAUUAAAGCUAAUUAUACUGUAAUUAACUCAAUUUCUUGUCAUCAGGAGCCAGGGCCAUGAUUUGGACGCAUUUGUAAGUGUUUAUUUUUAAUUUAACAAACCUGUCACCAUUCACUGCCAUUAUAUCAAUCACCAAGGAGAUUCAGCUCAAAAUCUUCUGUAAUGAUCUACUGAGGAAGAAAAAGUCACCUGCGUCUUGGUUGACCUUUGGCUAUAUGAAGCUAUGGGGUCUCAAUACUACCCAGCACGAUCCAUAAUUUUCCAAAAGGAACCGAGUGGAGUUACAUACCGUGUGCCAGCUCUGAUCUACAUCCCUCGUUCCAGCUGUUUCUUGGCCUUCUGUGAGGAGAGACUGACUCCAGCAGACGCUCAAGCACAUCUGCUGGUCAAGCGCAAAGGGACGUUUUACAAAAACUAUGUGGAAUGGAAAGACAUGGAGGUGCUUAGUACAGCUCGACUGGAGGGCUACCGAUCCAUGAACCCAUGCCCUGUUUAUGACGAGUUUACUGACACAAUCUUCUUGUUUUUUAUUGCUGUCCUGGGUCACACUUCUGAGUCUUAUCAGCUAAUUACAGGAAAAAACGUGACGCGUCUUUGUUACAUUUCCAGCUGUGACCAGGGGGACACCUGGAGCACCGCUACAGAUCUUACCAGGACACUGAUAGGGGACACUAUAAAAGAGUGGGCCACUUUUGCUGUUGGUCCAGGUCACGGAACGCAAUUGAAAUCGGGAAGGCUAAUAAUCCCUGCAUAUGCCUACCACAUUGACUGCAGAAACUGCUUCGGCAAGACGUGCAAGACUUCGUCACACUCAUUUUGUUUUUACAGUGACACACAUGGAAGCGUGUGGCAUUUUGGACAGGCGUUAUCUGAGCCUAAAAGUGUGGAGUGUCAGAUGGUGUCAGUUGAUGAAGAAGAUGGAGUCAACCUUUUGUACUGUAAUGCGCGUAGCAUAUCAGGCUACCGGGUGCAAGCUGUUAGCUUUGAUCGUGGAACUUUCUUUCAGGAUGGCCAGAUGGUGCACAAACUCAUAGAACCCAGAAAUGGGUGUCAUGGCAGCGUGAUUGGAUUUCCAGCCCCGAUCUACCAGCUCGAGCAGUUCAAGUCCAUCUACAGCUCACUUGAACUCAACACAGCUCUGAGGUCUCCAAAGAACUUCCUUCCACCAACAUGGGUAGUUUACAGUCACCCCGCCUGUCCAAAUGCCCGUCGUGACCUGGGUGUUUACCUCAGUCUUCUGCCUCGAGACCCAGACAGUUGGUCAGGACCUUGGAUCAUAUAUGACGGCCCUAGUGCAUACUCAGACUUGGCGUAUGUUGAUCUGAUGUCUUCUGAUGCUCCAGGGGUCACUGUCUUUGCCUGCCUCUUUGAGAGCGGCACCAAGACAGCUUAUGAUGAGAUUUCCUUCUGCAUAUUCACACUGUAUGAGCUCAUUGACCACCUUCCACAAGACAAAGAAAAAACAACAUUGUUGAAGAGGAAAAUUAUCUGGGAGCGCUGCUUUAUCUGCUGAUUAUAUGCCAAUCUCUGUUGAGUAAAAAUCUAAUGUGAAUUAUUGUAACUUCUACUUCCUUUUAUUUAAAUUCAUCACUGUAUUGUAUUGAAUUUGGCUCUAUUUUCCAACAUUAUGAAGCUGCAGGCCCGGAAACCCGACCGCACACUCAGAUGGCUAG